AUGUCUUUCGCAGAACUCUCAGAUCACCCUAACAAAUUGUACAACAAACCAUUCCACCGGAGGAAUGACUCUGAAGAGCUCGAUGUUUUCGAGGCAGCCCGAUAUUUUUCCGGUGGUAGCACCGAUGAAGUUCCGGCCAGUGGCGGCGCAACUUUUGCGCAAAAGGUGUCUGUCCCCCGAACUGCUCGAAUGAGCCUAGACAUGCCUAUCACAAGAAGUUCAAUUCCAUCACAAACUUAUGCAAUGGAAAAGCAAACCUUGAAAGAGAAGAAAAACAAGCAGCCUAGCUCUCCAGGUGGUAGACUUGCUCAUUUCUUGAAUUCCCUAUUCAAUCAGGCUUCAGUAAAGAAGAAGAAAUCGAAAACCGGGGCAAAAACGAUGAAGGAUGAAGAAGAAAGUCCUGGUGGAAGAAGGAAAAGAAGAAGUAGCAUUAGCCAUUUUAGAACAGCAAGCAGUACUACAGAUUCUAAGUCCUUUUACUCAUCUUCAAGUUCAGGUUUUAGAACACCUCCUCCUCAUGCAAAUACUCCCACAAAAUCUUAUAAAGAAAUCAGAAACUUUUCAGAUUAUAAGCAAAUUAUUUCUGUGCAAAAAUUUAAUGGAAAUGUCAAAAGUGAUUCUUCUUCUUCAUGGUUGGAUGAGAAAUUCAAGCUCAGCAAUGGAUAUUCAGAGAAAAACUGGGCAGAUAAGUAUCCAUCAGAAGAAAAUGAAUUCAGAAAAUUCAGUGACGUUGAUGAUGGAGCAGAUAGUGAUUCAAGUUCAGACCUUUUUGAUUUACCAAAUCAUGAGUUGGAAUUUUACUCAAGUGAUCCGCCUGUUUAUGAAACAACCCAUAUGGACAGCAUCAAGAGAGCUGCACCAAUUUCUAGCACUGGCAAAGUAUAA